AUGGUGAAACUGCGCGUCAGCGCAUCUCCUGCACCGGCGAUUGGUGCUGCAUUUGACUUAGAAGACGAGAAAGUUGACCUAAAACACAGGCAGCCAGCCACGAAGCGAGCGCGCAGAGUUUUGGCUGACGUGUCUGUGCUGCCGUUCAAUGAAGUGCUGCGUCUAGCGCGUCUCGCACGAGAAAAUUUAUCCACUGCUAUCGUUGAGAAUGUACCGUCCGCAAACGCAGAGGCAGUGUGUGCUGAGAUGUCCAUCAAAGAAGAGCCGAAGGAGGAGCCACUGACCGCAGAAGAGAUACAAGCUAUUCUCAAUAAAUAUAAGAACCCCCAUGCUCAGAUCAAGAAGAACUUACAAUUUGACGGUGCAGUGGUCAUCGAUAGGUUGAAAGCAGUUGGACUCGACCCUUUCCCGAUCGAUCUCGAUGAGAGAACUCUGCAUUCUGGGUUCAAUCGAUAUUAUAUUCACGAUCUAUACGGAGGCAACCCUUCUGAGACUUUUCCAAGGCCUGCAAAAGAGAAGUUCAAGUUCACGGGUAUCAAUGAUUUUAUGUGUCUAUCCUUGGACUGGAAUCCCCAUGCACCGCUCAACCCUGGGGAUCCGGGAUUAUACUUCAUCGAAUGCGCGGCUUCAGGGGCAUGGCCAGAAAUUCAGCGAGUAUUUGUGAAGACAUGCACGAAACCGAAGGCACUUUGGAAGCAUAUGGGUUAUUACCGCAUGACACCAUCCGAGUCAUUGAGUUGCGAAGAAUUCUCUAGGCAACCCAAUAUCAUCAAACAAACCUGGGCAAACGGAAUAUUGGACAAGGGCUGGGGCUGUCCGGUCUGGACCAGGAUCUGGCUCCGCCGGCAAAAUCACGGAGAACCAUCACCCGAAGAGGUAGAGGAGAUCUGUUCUAACAAAUUACGGCUUGCAGAAAUCAAAAAGACUCUUCGCUGGCAGGAAAUCUCCGAGGCGUAUGUCAGAGGAGACGAGGAACUGGGCGUUUGGUGCAUGAAGUGUGUAGGAUACGACGUGGAGUUCCAGCACAGUCUUGUGGACAAUGUGGGGUCUUACAAGCCGCCUGAACCUGGGAAGAAGAGGAAGCACCAGGCGGAGCAGGAGGAUACAGAGGCUAUCAGUGUGGCUGAGGGGUUGAGGACACGCAAAUCAUCUAAGGCGACUGGCAAAGGGACCAAGGGGGACUCGCGUGCUGCGAACACUAGGUCCAAGCGCAGACAACCAGACUCGGAUCAGGAGGACUAUUCUGAGGCCGACAUCGAACAGGACGACUCAACAGUCGGGCGUGGAAGUGGUCCACUAUAA